AUGGCAGAUGAGUGUGCGUCCAAAUACAGUGACAGCAGCAGUGGUGCCAGAGGUGGUGAUGUUGAGAGCAAGGCGAAGGGGGACAGCUCAGCGGAGGCAUUGGAGGAGGAGAGGCCAAAGUGGGCCAACAAGACAGAGUAUCUGUUGACGUGCAUCGGUUUCGCGGUGGGCGUCGGCAACCUGUGGAGGUUCCCGUACCUGUGCCAGAUCUACGGGGGAGGUGCGUUCCUGAUCCCCUACCUGAUUGCGCUGGUGUUCGAGGGUCUUCCUCUGCUCUACCUGGAGUUGGCUAUCGGCCAGCGGCUCCGGCUGGGCAGCACCGGGGUCUGGAACUCUAUCUCCCCCUACCUGGGCGGAGUGGGUGUGUCGUCCAUGAUCGUGUCCUUCCUGGUGUCCAUAUUCUACAAUGUUCUGCUGGCCUGGAUCCUCUGGUACUUCUUCCACUCCUUCCAGAACCCUCUGCCAUGGAGCCAGUGCCCCCUAAACGCCAACCUCACAGGGUAUGUCGAAGAAUGUGUGAAGAGCACGCCUGUGAACUACUUCUGGUACCGUGAGACCCUGAACAUCUCGCCCGCCGUCGAGGUCAACGGCUCGCUCCACUGGUGGAUCAUACUGUGCCUGGGCACCGCAUGGCUUGUGGUCUACAUCUGCUUCAUACGAGGCAUCGAGACCAUCGGCAAGGCGGUGUACGUCACGGCCACGUUCCCGUACCUGGUGUUGACCAUCUUCCUGAUCCGAGCUCUGACUCUCCCGGGAGCUACAGACGGCCUCAUAUACCUCUUCACACCUAAGUGGGAGCUGCUGAAGAACCCCCAGGUGUGGCUGGAUGCCUUCACCCAGAUCUUCUUCUCCCUCUCGGUCGCCUUCGGAGGACUCAUCGCCUUCUCCAGCUACAACCCCCUGCAUAAUAACUGUGAGCUGGACACGGUGGUAGUGGGCUGCAUCAACAGUGCCACCUCCCUCUACGGCUCCAUCCCCAUAUUCGCCAUACUGGGCUUCAAGGCCACCACAAACUACAACACCUGUCUGGAUGGUAACAUCUUGGCCUUGACCAAUGCCUUCGAUAUUGGAGACAAGAAUAUAACUCAGGAGAACUACGAGGUCUGGCUAGCCCAGUUAAACGCCACUCAUCCUGACACCGUCUUGGGCCUGAACUUAAAGGAAUGCAAUCUUCAAACCUUUCUCGAUCAGAGUGCAUCGGGAACAGGCCUGGCGUUCAUCGUGUUCACGGAGGCGGUGAUCAACAUGCCGGGCUCCCAGGUGUGGUCCCUGCUCUUCUUCGUGAUGCUCUUCAGCCUGGGCCUGUCCUCCAUGUUCGGGAACCUGGAGGGAGUGCUGUCACCUCUACACGACCUGCACAUGGUGCCCAAGUGGAUGCCCAAGGAGCUCUUCACCGGCCUCAUCUGUGUGUUGUGUUUCCUGAUUGGUCUAAUUUUCUGCAUGGGUUCUGGUAACUACUGGCUGGAGAUCUUCAAUACCUAUGUUGGCUCCAUCCCCUUCCUCAUCAUCGCCCUCUUCGAGCUCAUCGGCAUCGUACUCUUCUAUGGCGUCAACAGGUUCUGUAAAGACAUUGAGUUCAUGACGGGCCGGACCCCCAGCCUGUUCUGGAAGGUCUGCUGGACGGUCAUCAGCCCCAUGCUUCUGCUGGUGGUCUUCAUAGCCUACAUAGCGGUCCAGGCCAACAACACAGCCAAGUACCCCGCAUGGAACCCAGAAUACGUGGACUUUCCCCAUACUGAGGUGCAGCCAUACCCUGACUGGGUGUUUGCCAUCUGUGUUCUCCUGGCCACGGUUCCCAUCCUGCCCAUACCCCUCAUCGCCCUCUACAGGGCCUGGCAGCACAUUACAGGCAAGAGGAGAGGGGAGGCAACAGCAGCGAAGCCAUGCGUAAAUGAAGGAUUUGACGAUGUAGAGAUGUAGAUUUCCCUCAUAUUUAUUGAGGAGAUUUCGUUCUGAUAUAAUUUUCUAUGCUGUUGUGGUUUUAGACUUCAGUGCUGGUGUAAUGAGAGUUUAGUCUGUGUCUUAGUUCGUCUGUGUUGUAGGCCUACUUAAGCGUACAAUAGAAGUUUCUUUGUCAGUUGUGCACUUGUAUCAAACAGCUGGCCUGUAAAAAAUAACAGAGGGGUGGAGAUGGUAUAGAGAAAGAUGCAAAGCAGUUACGUUAAUGUUGAGCUACUGGACUUCUGCUUGAAUCUUGGAAGACCUUUUGUUCCCCAAUUGACAAUUUCCUCUAGUAGGGAUGAAUUAUUGCAUGGGCCUACUGGGCUCGUGCCCAGGGGCCUAACAGUCAAGUGGGCCCUGAAGUCCAAGACUCUGUAUUUCCACUCAAAUAUUGCCCAGGGCCCCAUGGAAUCGUUAUCCGUCCCCGCAGAAAUCUCUUAAGAGACGAAAGGUUUCCAAAGUGAGGCACAUUUGUCUGUAGCUAAAUUCUUUUGUCUAAAAUGACAUUGAUGGGUAUUGUAGUGGCAAUCUUCACAGGCACGAUUUAAAGGAGAGAUCAUUUAGGGUUCAUUCAGUCGGUUUCUUGUAUUCUGUAGCCAUCUGUAGGUGUUUCUGUUAAAAAUGUAUUUUGUUAGUAUUCUGUUUUAAUUUUCAGUAGACAUCUACAGUAUUUCCUAAGAAAACUGAUAUAGGCUACCUAUUUAUUUAUUUAUGCAUUUCUAAAACCUGAAUAUAUUAUUUGUAUUUCUUUUGUAAAGGGGUCCUGUUUACUGUACGUGUGAAUUUCUUACUUUGCACCAACUUGAACACUUCUUGUCACUCCUGUCAAAAGUCUAUGAGGAAGACAACCAAUCAAUAAAUAUGUGGUGAAUUGCUCAUGGGAGAGCAAAUAUUCCA